AUGAACACUCCCAACCAAGCACCCUCAGCUACCGAGUAUGGCGGAGAUGAGGUUUCGGCCAUCGUCCUAGAUCCCGGGUUCUCAACGACGCGCGCUGGCUUCGCAGGCGAAGAUACGCCGAAAUCCCUGAUUCCGACGUAUUACGGGAAAUACUCUUUCGAGGGGCAGGAAAAGCUCAUUUAUGGCGAUGAUGUUUUUGUCACUCCACGGCCGGGACUGUCGAUCCACAACCCCAUUGGCAGAGAUGGCAUCGUGGAAGACUGGGACAUGGCCGAAAAGGUGUGGGAGUACUCAUUUACGUCGAAACUCACAGGUGCGAAGCCUGGCAACCCGUUACAUAACGGGUUGAAUGAUGUGCCUGAGGGGGAGGCAGUAUCUGAGAUGGAGGGUGUUGAAUCUGAAGAGAAGCCACUAGCAGAUAGUCCUCUUCUGAUGUCUGAGUCAAGUUGGAACCCUACAAAGGCUCGCGAGAAGACAAUCGAGAUUGCCAUGGAGAAAUGGGGAACCCCCGCAUUCUACUUGGCGAGGAAUGGUGUUCUUGCGGCAUUUGCUGCUGGCAAAGCUUCUGCUCUUGUUGUCGAUAUUGGCGCCUCCAACAUCUCUGUAACGCCAGUUCAUGACGGCAUGAUCCUCAAGCGCGGGGUUCAGCACUCGCCCUUGGGCGGAGAUUACAUCUCCUCUCAAAUUCGCGCUCUAUUCAAAUCAAACUCACCCCAGCCCAUUACUAUCACACCACACUAUCUCAUCUCGGCAAAGACAGCCGUCGAAGCUGGCCAACCUCCGCAAGUCAAAUAUAAGACCUUCCCUCCAGAGCGAGCUCCCGACACAUCCUACCGCACUUUCCUUGAGGAACGAACACUCUCCGAAUUCAAGGAAUGCGUCGUGCAGGUGUGGCCCGGUCCUACCAAACUCUCGGCCACGGGGCCCAACGGCGUCCCCAAUGAAGAAAUGGCCCGUAGCUCCCCCGGCCGCCCCUUCGAGUUUCCCGAUGGUUACAACCAAGUGUUCGGCGUCGACCGCUACAGAGUCGUCGAGUCCCUCUUCGAUGCCAAAGCCGCCAUACAAGACCCCGAAUCCCUCUUCCCCGCGCCCACACAAGCCCAGACAGUCCCUGAGAUCAUCAAGGCGGCACUGAACGGCGUUGAUGUCGACAUCCGGCCUCACCUCCUCUCCAACGUCGUCGUAACAGGCGCCUCCAGCUUACUGUACGGCUUCACCGACCGUCUCAACCAGGAACUCACGCAGCUCUACCCAGGCCCGCGUGUCCGUAUCUCCGCCCCGGGAAACACGUCAGAGCGCAGGUUCAGCUCCUGGAUCGGAGGGAGCAUUCUCGCUAGUCUGGGUACGUUCCACCAGAUGUGGAUUUCCAAGAAGGAGUUUGACGAGCACGGCCCGAAUAUCGUGGAGAAACGCUGCAAGUAG